AUGGGCAUGAAGCGGAACCAUGAUAUCUCCAUGGAGUCGACCCAUGGUGCGACCACUGCAUUGUGUUGCAGCUGUGGAGUACCAAUGGUUCCAAAUCAGAGCAUGCGUUGUGCAGCAUGCUUAAAGGCAGAGGUCUCCAUCACAGAUGGUAUUUCAAGGAAAGUGGUUCUUCAGCGGUGUCGCAACUGUACUCGGUACAACAAACCUCCUUGGACGGCUUGUGAGCCAGAGUCACGGGAGUUGCUGGGAAUCUGUUUGAAGAAGAUUCGAGGUCUUGGCAAGGAUGUCAGGCUUGUGGAUGCAGCAUUUGUUUGGACUGAGGAGCAUGCCAUGCGAAUCCGCGUGAAGAUAACUGUUCAGAACGAGGUCGCUCAGUCCUGCGUCUUGCAGCAGACCAUGGUCGUUGAAUUCCAAAUCGUCAACCAGCAAUGCGAGGAUUGUCAGAAGUCAUUCACACCGCAUGCCUACAAUGCCAUCGUGCAAGUGAGGCAAAAGGUGCCACACAGAAGGACUUUCUGCUACCUGGAGCAGCUGAUUCUCAAAUCCGACGCUCAUGCCAAGGUCACCUCGUUGAAAGAGACCCGGGAAGGUCUGGACUUCUACUUUGAGACCAAGAGUCAUGCACAGUCAGCUGCCUGGAGCUGCCUGGAGCUGCCUGGAGCUGCCUGGAGCUGGAGCUGUGGGUUGAGGCGCUUCGCGGAUUUCGUGGAAGCGCAUGUGCCUACAAAGAGCAAGCAAUCCAAGCAUCUCAUAUCCCACGAUGCCAACAGCAAUUCCUACAACUUCAAGUACACUAUCAUGUGCGAACUGUGCCCCAUUUGUGUAGAUGAUGUUGUGCAUGUGCCCAAAGGGCACAGCGCCACACUGAAUGGAGCCCCACCACUCUUGCUUUGCCACAAGGUGACAAAUGCCAUCAAGUUUGUGGACCCUAUUUCGCUUCGCAGUUAUGACAUUCCGACAGCAGAGUACUGGAAGAGACCAGUUGAUUCGGUUUGCCGAACCGAGCAUCUGACGGAGUACGUCGUUUUGAAUGUUGAACCCGUGCAGAAGUCAGAGGCUGCGGCAAGACAAAACACCCCAGUAAAAAAGUGGAUGUCACUUGCUGAUGUGGAGGUGGCCCGCGCCUGCGACCUGGGAGUCAACGACGAUCGCCUCAUAGUUCGAACUCAUUUGGGUGGAAUUUUGAGGCCAGGUCGGAGAGUCAUGGGCUACGACCUGCGAACGGUCAAUGUCAGUGGGAUUGACGACGAAGCCUUUCAGGGAAGAUGCCCUGAUGUUGUACUUGUGAAGAAGGCAUACAAGAGAAAAAACAAGAGAACGUGGGAGCUGAAGAGGCUCACCAAAGAGGCUGCUGAAGGUGAAGACCCCAUCGAUGAUGAUGCCGACAUGGAGGCCCUGAAGCGGAAUCUCGAAGAAGAUCCAGAGCUUCGCAAGAGCGUCAACAUGUACAGGGCAGCUGAGGCACCACAGCAAGGUGGUGAAGAGAAGGCCGAUGCUGCCGAAGAAGAGGACAGUGACUCCGAUGCACCAGAGGUGCCACUGGCCGAACUGCUUGAGGGCCUGGAACUGCGUGAUGAUUGA